AUGAAAACUAAAAAGGGUCAAAAAUAUUUAUCAAUCCAAGAAUCUGUCAAUUUAGUUGUCAACUGCUACAAGAAGCUAGAUAAAAUUAGACUCUUAAUUGGAUACGAAAGUACAGAAAUAACUCAAAAAUUCCUAAAUUUUAUCAGCAUGGCUACAUCUCUUGGAAUCGUAUUAAUGCAGCAUCAUCGAUACAGUGAAGCAUUUUGUGUGCUAAAUAAAGCAGUAAAAGCAGACCAAUCAAUCCUAAAAAUUACUUUACAACUGAAUUGAUCUGAAAGAAUUGUAUUGUAUUGUGUAAUGGCUUUUGCAUUUCAUAAGUAAGGUAUCUAUAGUUUGACAGGGGCAAGAUAAUCAAGCCUUAAGAUUUGUCUAUGAAAUCCAAUCAUUCAUGCUAUCAGCCAAGAAAAAAGGAUAUGGAUAUGGAUGAGACCUAGAAAUAUGCUCCCACUUUAUAACUUUUCUUAUAAAUUGAACGAUGAAGAAUUUUAAUAAAAGCAGCGUGUAUCUUCAAUUGGCAGCAGAAGCAUUAAAUAGCAUUUUAAAAGGAGAAAAAUCAAGUAUUAGUGAUAUAUGCAAAAAGAGUUUGUAUGGAAUUAUUUCUUUGGGGUUAUGUGGGGUGAAAUUAAUCGUUGAAGAUAAAAAGGAGAUAGCUAUUAGUAUCUGCAGAAAAUUGAUAAAAGAAAUAGAAGAUAAUGCAGUUUUCGGAUUGGCGAAAGAGUUCUUAUUCCAGAUUUGUAAUUAUGGUAAUUUUGUGAUAUUAAAUACUACAAAAAUUUUUCAUUUUUAAUGGGGCGAGUUAGAGAGAAUUGAAAAUUUUAUAAAACCCUACGACUUCCUUGAAAGUACCCCAACUUUUGAUCUAUUCCCAGAAAGUGUAGAUCAAAAAAGAAUUUCAAAAGCAUCAAUAGAGAUGCCAUUAUUAGCCGAAACUGAAUAUUCAAUUGUUCAGCCACCUUUUGACGAAAUUCUUUUAACUCGCGAAUUUGAAGAUGUUUUCUUUAUUUCCAAUUUCAUUCACUUUUUAACCCCGAAUGUCCCACUAAUCAAUCCUGGCGAACUCGAGCAUCCAUUAGAAGACAGGCUCCCCUUAAUUGAGAAAAAGCCUUUACCUCCUUUCCAAAUACCUCACUCCCCCAAAGAAAAGCUUGAAAAUCCUCAUGCUAAAUUAAUCCGCAGAAUUUUAAGCAAAAAAGAAAAGCCUUGAACACAAAAAAAUCUUACUCCAGCGCCAGAUAUUAGGCAGAUGGCUUAUCUAGAAACCUCUAGAGACGAAAGCAAAGAAAAAAUUCACAAAAUCCAGUCAGAUAUAAUAACAAAUAUAAAUAGAUCAAAAUCUAUUUCUAGCCAUAGACCACAGAACUCAAGCCCAAUCCCAGUAGAUAGACUGAUGGAAGUGGUGUUAAAAGAUAAAGAAAAGCUCAGCGCGUAUAGAAAAGAAGCUUUACAAAGAAGAAAUCGGCAUUUUAUGGUCGAGUUUAGUCCUUUGAGAGGGCUUGAUGAAAAUCAUAAUGUGAAAGUAGAUUUGAUACCAAUCCAUCCAAGGUAUACAGGGUCAAAUUUGGGGGUGAGAUAUAAAUCUCCUGCCCCGUUUAGAACUAAAAGAAACGAUUAUGUGUUUUCAAAGGAUAUAAGUGAGCUGUCGACACCUGAAGUAGCUUACCAUCCUAUUUAUAAUUUUUAA